CAGUGCAGACUUUGAGUGUGAUGGAGCAACAGUGUAGGCUUUGAGUGACAUCCCCCGCUGCCUGGACCACCUUUUUCUGUAAUUUCUCCUAGCUGCGCGCUGCAUUCAAAGGAUUCUAGGAGACCUUCAAGCCACGCAAUGGAGGCAGUGACCUUGAAGGAUGUACUUGUGAACUUCACCAAGGAGGAGUGGGCUGUGCUGAAUCCAUCUCAAAAGAAGCUCUACAGAGAUGUAAUGUGGGAAACAUUUAUGAAUAUGACUGCUAUAGGAAGGACUUGGAACAACCAGCAAAUUGAAGAAUUAAAAAAUUGCUCAAGAAAUCUAAGUGGACUGAAGCCAUGUGAGAAUGUGGGAUUUGAUGAGAAGCUAAGUAAUGAACGUGGAAAAACCUGCCGAGAUUUCCAAUCCUUUCAGAAGCAUGCAAGAACAAAGCAUGGAGAAAAACUCUAUCAAUAUGAGUACUGUGAGAAAACCUACUAUGAGCAUAGAGAAAGAACCCAUCCUGGGUUGGAGACCUUUGUAUAUAAGAAAAGUGUGAAAGGCUCCAGCACUCCCAGUGGUAUUAAAGUCCAUGAAAGUAUUCACAAUGGGAAGAAACUGUAUGUGUGCAAGCAAUGUGGAAAAGAAUUUGCUAAUAAGUCUGAACUUCAUAGACAUAAACAAAAUCACACAGGUAAGAAAUCUUGCGCAUGUAAUCAAUGUGGGAAAGCAUUCACUACCCUGAGUAACUGUAAAAUCCAUGAAAGAAGUCACACUGGUGAGAAAAUACAUGUGAUAAAUCACACCAGCGAGAAACCCUAUGUAUGUGAGAAAUGUGGAAAAGCAUUCACUAGACAGAAGUGUUAUAAAUUACAUAAAAGAAGUCACACUGGGGAGAAACCCUAUGCAUGUAAUCAAUGUGGGAAAGCAUUCACUACACUGAGAUAUUGUAAAAUUCAUGAAAGAAGUCACACUGGUGAGAAACCAUAUGUAUGUGAGAAAUGUGGAAAAGCAUUCACUAGACAGGUGUAUUAUAGAAUACAUGAAAGAAUUCACACUGGGGAGAAGCCCUAUAUAUGUAAGCAAUGUGGAAAAGGAUUUGCUCAUAAUUCUGCAUUUCAUAGACAUAAACGAACCCACACAGGUGAGAAAGCCUAUACAUGUAAGCAAUGUGGAAAAGCAUUCACUACACGGAGUUAUUGUAAAAUACAUGCAAGAAGUCACACUGGUGAGAAACCAUAUGUAUGUGAGAAAUGUGGAAAAGCAUUCACUAGACAGAUGUGUUAUAAAUUACAUGAAAGAAGACACACUGGGGAGAAGCCCUAUGCAUGUAAACAAUGUGGGAAAGCAUUCACUACACUGAGUUAUUGUAAAAUUCAUGAAAAAAGUCACACUGACAAGAAAAUAUAUGUAUGUGAGAAAUGCGGAAAAGCAUUCACUACACUGUGUUAUUGUAAAAUACAUGAAAGAAGUCACAUUAGGGAGAAACCCUAUAUAUGUAAGCAAUGUGGAAAAGGAUUUCCUGUUAUGUCUGCAUUUCAUAGGCAUAAACAAACCCACACAGGUGAAAAAGCCUACAUAUGUAAGCAAUGUGGGAAAGCAUUCACUACAUUGAGUUAUUGUAAAAUACAUGAAAGAAGUCACACUGGUGAGAAACCAUAUGUAUGUGAGAAAUGUGGAAAAGCGUUCACUAGACAGAUGUAUUAUAAAAUACAUGAAAGAAUUCACACUGGGGAGAAACCCUAUGCAUGUAAACAAUGUGGGAAAACAUUCAGCCAUCAGAGUAACUUUAAAAAACAUGAAAGGAUUCACACCACAGAGAAAUACAUAUAAACAAUGUAGAAAAGCAUUCACAAUACAGAAAAAACUUUAAGAUACUUGAAAGAAAUCACAGUGGUGAGAAACCCUUAGGGUUGUGAGAAAUGUGCAAAAACAUUCACUAGACAGAUAUGUUAUAUACAUGAAAGAAGUCACACUCAGGGUCAUCCCUAUGCAUAUAAACAAUGUCAGAAAGCACUCAGCUAAUAGAGCAACGUUAAAAUGCAUGCAAGAAUUCCUGCUGGGGAGAAACCCUGUGCAUGUAAAUAAUGUGGGAAAACAUUAAACCAACAGAGUACCUGUCACAUACAUGGAAAUUCUCACUAAGCAGAAACCCUAUAUAUAUAAGCAAGGUAGGAAAGGAUUUGCUACACAACCUUGUUGUCCAGUACAUGAAAGAGUUCACGCUGGGGAGAAAUCUUAUUGUGCAAGCAAUGUGGGGAGGUAUUCACUACAUACAAAUGUUAUAAAAGAUAUGAAAGAACUCACACUGGGGAGUAUUUGUUUACAAUAUGGGAAGGGAUUCAGUAACCAAAAUUGUCAAAGAUGUGAAUUCAUAUGUAACACUAUGCUAGUAAACUGGAAAUAUUGUGAUAGUCCUCAUAUGUCUAGAUCUCACACU